AUGGAUAGGCACGCGGAAACUGGGAUCGCGGAGGGAGAGAGGUGCGAGUCUGACUGGCUUCACCUGACGGAAGUCGCCCCAAAGACGCAGCCCCACGCUGCGCAAGAGGACCCCGAUGGCAAGGAGGCAGCACCGCUCCAGGCUGCUCUCCAGCUCCCCCUGCAAGUCCCCUUCCUGGUGGAGGACUUUGAGCUCCCAGCCAGCGUCAGGCUGGAGGACUCUCCGCUCUUUCCUCUGUGGCGGCUGCCCCUCAGAGCAGCGGCCGUCCUGUCCGUGCUGACCUUCCUCUACACCCUUCUGAGGGACGUCCUGCACCCCUACGUGACUCAGGGCAGAAACGACUGCUACAAGAUCCCCAUCCUGGUGAUGAACAAAGCCCUGCCCUGGACCGCCAUCACCCUGCUGGCCCUGGUCUACCUGCCCGGGGUGCUGGCUGCCAUACUGCAGUUACAUCGAGGCACUAAAUACAGCCGAUUCCCGGGCUGGCUGGACAGGUGGAUGUCCACGAGGAAACAGCUGGGCCUCUUGUCCUUCUUUUUCGCCUCGCUUCACGCUGUCUACAGCCUCUGCUACCCAAUGAGGAGGUCAUACAGAUACAAGCUGCUCAACUGGGCCUAUCAGCAGGUGCAGCAGAACAAAUCGAACGCCUGGAUUGAGGAUGAUGUCUGGCGCAUGGAGAUCUACGUCUCCCUCGGGAUUCUGGGCUUGGCCGCCUUGGCCCUGGUGGCAGUCUCUUCCCUCCCGUCUGUAAGCAAUGCCCUCAACUGGAGAGAGUUCCAGUGCGUUCAGAGGAGUCUGGGAUACGGGGCCCUACUUCUCUGCACGGCCCAUGCGCUGGUAUUCGGCUGGAGGAAGUGGGUAGAGCCCAAGCAGUUUGUGUGGUACACCCCGCCCUCCUUCAUCCUGGCCUCGCUGCUCCCCGGGGUGGUCCUGCUGCUCAGAGGCGCCCUGAUGCUGCCCUGUUUGGACAGGACGCUGGCGCGGAUCCGCCGUGGCUGGGAGAGUAUCAGCAAACCACUAAUAAAAAUGAAGGUGUCUUCUGCUGAUGAUUUCCUAAGCAGGAGGGUGUAA